UAUUUGUAUUUUUUAUCAUUAUUUUAAUUAUUUUAUCGCCAUCACCUACUUCAACCAAGUGAAAUUUUAAAAAGUGUUAGCUUAAUUAAUACAUGUUAGAUUAGAUUAAAAAUAAGUCAUACCGUGAAAAAACUAUGUAUUGUAUGUUGUAACGCCAUAACUAAAUAGCUCUAUGUACCUUCCAUUAAAAAAAUAUUUUGUAAUAAACUUAAACUAUUUUGUGAUUAUUCAACGGAACGACAAUUUAAGAUGAGGAUUACAAGUUACUUAUAUUUACAAGACAUUAAGAAAUUCUAAAUAUAGCCCCUACAAUGAAUCGCGGUGGGCGGGUGGAGCCGACUCCUCCGGAGUGCGCGCUAGCCGCCGAAAUGUUUGAUCUAUUUUGUGCUGCGGGGACCAUGAAACAAAUUUUAGCACUCCAUCGGGAAAUUUGUGCCACCCUCAAUUUGAAACCAAAUCGACUACCAGAUUUUUAUCCAAAAUUAAAGGGAAAAUUAUCCAGCUCAUGGAAAGCUCAAGCACUCUUCAAAAAAUUUGACGUUCGCGCUAAUCUCAAAGUGUUUGGAAAAGGUCGCGCUUGUGAGCGAAAUAAGGUGCUCAUAAUUGGUGCCGGACCUUGCGGUCUGCGAGCCGCUAUUGAAUGCCAACUUCUUGGUGCCAAAGUGGUUGUAAUUGAGAAACGAGACCGCCUUUCCAGAAACAACGUGUUACACCUGUGGCCCUUCGUUAUUCACGAUUUAAAAGCUCUGGGUGCUAAGAAGUUCUUUGGCAAGUUCUGCGCUGGCUCGAUCGAUCAUAUAAGUAUAAGGCAAUUACAGUGUAUUCUACUUAAGGUGUCGCUCUUGCUAGGUGUAGAAAUUCAUGAAGGAGUAAGCUUUGAAGAGCAUUUAGAGCCUACAACAACUGAAAAAUCAGAAACAUUGGGAUGGCGUGCGCGCGUCAGCCCGGCGGAGCACCCCGUGGCGCAGUACGAGUUCGAUGUGCUGAUCGGCGCCGACGGCAAGCGCAACACGCUGCAGGGCUUCAAGCGGAAGGAGUUCCGCGGCAAGCUGGCCAUGGCCAUUACGGCGAAUUUCAUUAAUCGCCACACGGAACAAGAGGCUGCGGUGCCUGAAAUCAGUGGAGUGGCAUACAUAUUCAACCAGAAAUUUUUUAAGGAUUUGAAGCGUGAGACUGGUAUUGACCUGGAAAAUAUCGUGUAUUACAAGGAUGACACGCACUACUUUGUAAUGACUGCGAAAAAGCAAAGUCUCAUUGAUAAAGGCGUCCUUUUAAAUGAUUACGGUGAAAUAUCGCGUUUGCUGAGCGCGGAGAAUAUGGACCGCGCAGCGCUCAUGAGGUACGCGCAAGAGGCAGCUCGGUUCUCCACCGAUAAUCGAUUGCCGCGGCUGGACUUUGCGCUCAAUCACUACGGCGAACCCGAUGUUGCCCUGUUUGACUUUACAUCCAUGUACGCUGCGGAGAAUGCCAGUAUGGUCUACGAGAGACGUGGCCGACGCCUCCUUUGUCAACUGGUUGGAGACAGCCUGCUGGAGCCCUUUUGGCCUACGGGCUCGGGCUGCGCGCGCGGCUUCCUGUCCGCGCUGGACGCCGCCUGGACCGUGCGUGCUUGGGGCCAGAACCCACCGCUGCACCCGCUCCAACUCAUAGCUGAGCGAGAAUCCGUUUAUCGCUUGUUGGCGCAAACAACUCCGGAAAAUCUUCACCGGGACUUCGGGACAUACACUCUUGACCCGUGCACUCGAUAUCCCAACCUGAAUAGAGCGGCGGUAACUCCGCAUCGGGUGACAGCCCUUUAUGACUCCGACGAACCGUUGCCUCUCGACGCGACUCCGCCGGCUAAGAGAAGGCGUCGUGAACCGGAAAUAUCCGAGGAAGCGUUGGUGGCUUGGGUGGGGUACUCGGAGCCGGGCAUGCGCGCGGCCACCAGCGCCCCCGCACUCUGCGCGCUCAUGCGUCGCUACCGGCCGGAUCUCCUGCAGGCCGACUCGUCGCCACGAUCUGUAUAUAGCAUCUUCCAACACCAACUUGGAAUACCACCGUUCAUUACGAGUGAAUCCGACAAGCUCGUCCCCGAGCCGACACUGCGCUGUUACCUGCUGCGUGUGUAUCAGGCAUUCAAGGGCGAAGUGCCUCAUGUAUACCACAAGACAGAUAUGUUCGAGCAGAUUAAAAAGAGUCAGCAGUCGGAGAAGAGUAAUCGAAAUGUUACGGAGCGUCCAUACUCAAACGCUGGUGAUACCGAAUCUCAUUCGAGUUACAGGAGAAAGCGACGCUCACUCCGGCCUCAACAAGUAAGUAACGAUCCUGCUGAAUAUAUAAGGAAAAAGAUUGGAAAAUUAGAUCUUAAUGACAUCACACAGCUAGCACGUCUUAUCGAGGGACACGACGUCGUCACGAACGAUGAACAAAAUACUGACAAGCAGAGGGAGCUUCAGGAACAAAUCCUAAAUUUGUUGGAUCCAGAGGAUUCUCCAGAUCCAAAGAUGUUAAGGGAUUCCUUGACACAGCUAUUGCAAGGCGGUACAAGAUCGAAAGUGAAAUCAAAAUUAGCGAAAAAAUUGCCACAAUUUUUCCAAAAUAAAGUGAAUGAAAAAGCGCCUCAGAAACCUCCUCGUAAAUUGAAGGGCUUAGAUCCAGACACAAUAAAAGUUCCGGAUUUUGAUUAUUCUGAAGACACCGAUGCCACGGUCGUAGCAACAAAUUUCUCGCAGAAUUCGUGGUAUCCACCUGACAGAGUGAAGCAUAAAGACUUCGUACGUUCUGCUUCUACUGAAACUCCACUUUCUCGUCCACGGAGACUGUCAGAAGUAGUAGGCACAGAAAUGAAACGUUUUUCGCAAAGUCCAGAAACUGGUUUGCCUCACGGUCGAUCUAAUUCAAUCGGUUCCUCCGAAAUGGCGGUCAAUACGAAGCGUAUGGCACAACUGUUUGAAGGAAAUGAAAGGCACACAACGAGUCCGGAAGCAAAUUCUGUUCGUUCACGAAUAAUGGAUAAUCCUGAAAUGGCUUUACGAUGGCAAAGAAUGGCUGAUAUAAUGGAGGGAAAGCGGCGCGACACGCCCAGUCCAGAGAGGUCGAAGCGAUCCCACUCGAUCGGUAACCCUGAAUUGGCCCUACGCGGAAAACGCGUAUCCGAUUUGAUUCAAGGCAUUAAUACCACUCGCCAGAGUCCCGAAUACGUUUCUCAGAGGAGAAACUCUGGUGAAAUGGCUUUUAGGAUGCAAAGAGUAUCGGAUAUGAUGAAUAAAAAAAAUGGCGAAGAAAAAAAGCCUAAGAGUUGUGGAAAGAGAAAAAUGGCGCGCGAGAUUAUGAAGCAACGUUUCGAAAAGAGUCUACAAAUGUUGGCAGCGGAACCUCGACCAGACUUCGCUCCGUCUGCGGAUUUAGAGAAUGACUAUGGUUUGCAACAGUACAGGGCCAGUGCGCCUCAAUUUGACGAGAGAGUCAAAAAGUUGGAGAGAAAAUUACAGCAUUACGAAGAGGGGCGUGCCGUCGGCGGUGUCAGCAGGGCAGCGGGCGGCGGCGCUCGCGUGGCGCGCUUGGCGGCGGAGCUCGCUCACCCGGCAGCGCCCGCCGUGUCGCCUCCUCCAUCCAAGCCGCGGGAUCUUAUGCGUUCCGUCGGAAAAAUUGAACCAGAAGACUGGAAUGUGAAACUGAUCGAGCAGAAGAUCAUGGAGAACAGACUCGGCCGGCCCGAGCGUAAAACCGCAGAGAAGGUCCCUAAAUGGGAUAGAGAACAAUUUCUGCGUCGUCAGCGGCGGCUGAAGGAAGGUGAUCCAAACGAAGACAAAUGGGGUGAUAUAGAUGAAACCAUACAUAAAAUAGAUCAACAACUUAAUGAUUCCGGACGUCCACUCCUUGGUACUAAGAGGGUUGCAAAACUUGCUACGAAGUUCAUCAAAAAGUGUGAACCAGAUUCGGAAAAGAAGGAGCACAAAAAAGAAGAGCCGAAGAAGCCGUGGAGCAGCGCUGCGGUCGCCGCGAGCGGGGCAGCUUGCGCGGCGUGCGGCUCGACCGUGUUCGCCGCGGAGGGCGUCGUGGCUGACGGGCUACAUCUGCAUCGCGCGUGCUUCAAGUGUGCCGUCUGCGAUACCAUACUUAGACCCGGGAACUAUACGACGGAGCUUUUCGGCACGAGAUUGGUUUGCCUGCGUCACACGGGCGUAACGGCGACGGACUCGGCGGCGCCGCGCGCGGGCCCCAGCGCGGCGCCGACGGCAACGCCGGAGCGGAUCAGCCUCGAGCUGUCGGACGGCGGCGCGCGCGAGAUCGACGAGGACGAGUGGACCGACCGGAACUUCCUCGCUUCGGAAACGUCCGGCGCUGGCGGACUAAGUGACGAGGAUGAAUCGAGCUCGGACGAGUACACGGACGCGGCCGAGAGCGACACGAGGCCGCAGCGCUCUCCCGAACCCGCCGCGGCCAACUCGCACUCCCCGCGUGCGCACCAUAUUUACUUUUCGGACGAUUCUUUUGGAUACGAUGACUACUCGGAUGAUGGCGCUGAGUCGUCGGGAAACGAGUCGUGCUCGCGGAUGCGCGCCGCCAGGGAGGCUCGGCGGCGCGAGGUGCCGGCGGAGGCGCGGCCGCCCACCGACAGCAGCGAGGUGGAGUCCGAAGACGAAAGUGAAAGCAGCGAGGAAGAAAUUUCGUCGGCGACGGAAGUAUCAACAGACAGCGAGUUCGCUCGCGAAGAGUGCGCGCCGGCCGCCUCGCCACCCGCCAUCCUCGUCACGGAAGCUCCGCCUCCCGCGCCCCCGCCCCACCACGACUACCCUCUGAUCAGAACGCGUUCGGCCGGCGGCCUGGCCACCAAACGGGCCUUGGAGUUAAAGAGAAGAUAUCUACUAGGAGAGCCUUCCCCGCCCGUCGUGAGGAAGUCCGACUCGACUUCGCAGCUCGACACCAAGCUAGAAGCUUUCCGCUCUAAUAUAACAGAAAUCCAGAAGUUAUUACUUCCCGCUCCUCCGCAGACCCAAAAGCCUGUCGUGACUUUUCAGUUAACAACAGUGGAGAAAAAGCCGAUGCCCGAUAUCAUACAGAACUUGUGCAGCGACGCUCCCGUAGAUCUACUCACCAAGGGAGAUUCGGUGCUUUGUAAUACAGACUGGAGAGAACCUACAAAAGAAGAAAAUAGAGAGCUAGACAUUGAAUCAGAUUCACUCUCCGAUGAGGAUUCAUCACAUACGCAAACGUUGCCGAACCAGUCUGUACCCCGAGUCGAAGUCCACGACGAAGGCGGGGAGCUCAUACAGCUAGACAGCUUAAUGAUCAUUAGCAGUAGUGCCGAAGACAACGAGAGAGGAUCGGGAACGGCCACUGCGACGGGUCCUACGGUAUUAGCGGCUGAAUCAGAAUCCUCGGAUUCUUGUAGAGAUGCAACUACAUUAGCUCUAACUGAAACAGAAUUAUCUGAUUGGGCAGCCGAGAGUGUCGUUUUAGACGAUUGCUCUAUUGAUGAAAAAGAGGACAGAAAGAGAAGUAAACGUCCAAGAAGUCUCAGUGGCCCGAAAUUAGUACAUGAGACAAAAAAUAUAUCGGCAAUUGCAUCACAUGUCUGCGGAAAAACAAGUCCAGCCGAGCCAAUUAUGUUUUCGAACGCACUCGAUCAUUUCGAAUUCGCUGACGAAGGAGACCAAGAUCCUUCCAUCGAAACUCCAGUUGCACCUCGCAAUGAGGGUUACGUGGAAUUUGUGGAUGAUGAGUAUGAUCAUUAUUCCCCUAAUAAAGAUAGAUCAAUGAAUUUUAUAGAAAGAAGUUUUUCGGAGACUACAGUCAAGCCUUACGAACUAGAAGAAAGUAUAGGGCAUGAUUUGUCUGAGGAAAUAAAGUAUAUAGAUGAUCAGGAUUCCAAAACUGAGAGUUUAUCGAAAGUUGAAAGCUUAAAGUCUUCGCUGACCCAAACUUUAAUCAGUGAAUCUUCGGAAAAUGUUGUUGCACCUAGUAACAAUAAUUACUCUUCAGACGUUGAAAUUUCUACACAAAAUAGUCUAAUUAAUAAUGAUAGCAUAAAUAAUUUUGAAUCUAAAUCAGAAUUUACUGGCGUGUCUGACAAAUCACAGACGAUAGAAAACAAUGAUAAUGAAAAUAGAAAGAGGGAACCAAAAAGCAAUGAAUCUAAAAGUGAAGUUUCCCUAGAAGACAUAUCACCGCCUCUAGCAUCCGAAAAGUCAAAGUCACAAAGCAGUAUUACGUAUAACCUUAGCAAGCCUUUCGCGAACCCAUGCAGUAUUAGAAUGUAUGCACCGGCAAUUUGUAGAUCUGCUAGUGAAACUUUUAAUAAUAACAUUCGAAUUGCAAACUCUCCGACCCUUAACAUCAGUUUGAGUCCAUCCUAUCAUUCGGUCUCGACGGUCACAACGAGUCCAACGCCCGAACGUGAGACUAUAGAAAAAGUACAAGAGCUAAAGAAAGAGAGAGAGGAGCAAACCGAAGUGGUGAGGAGACUCGUGCUGGAGAGGCUAGGGAGCGGGCAGCGGGCGGGCAGGAAGUCGGCGCGGCGGCACCGUGCGGCGCCGGGCGGUGCGCCGCCGCCGGUGCCGCCGCCGCCCGCGCCGUCGCCGCCGCCGCCGCCGCGCCCCGCGCCGCCGCUCGCGCCGUUGCCCGUCUCGCCCUCGCUGUCCGACUCCGACCUGACGCACGAGACGAGGCGGAAAGGUAUCAUGAGGAGCAUUUCCAAUUACUUUAAUAAGCGGCUCGGACCUCGCCAAAAGUGUGUCUCGGAGCCGGACCUGACGACGCACAACGAGCCUCAAAGUCGGCAUGGUGAGGCGCGCAAGUCCACGGGAGCCCUGCAAGAGGCCCCGCCCGUUCCCCCGCCGCCUGCAAUCUAUUCGCCGCCCGCGAACUUCCAAAUUUCGCCAGCCAACCAGACUUCAACACCGUUAAGACGUCCAGGAGCCGUGCGCGAGGGGAGGGAGGGUGAACGCGCGGGCGACGAAGACGAACGCGAUGCGAUGCAGCUGUGGUUCGAGGCGCGGUGGGCUCGCCUGGUAGCGCAGAGGCGCGCGCGUGAAGAGAGCCGCGACGAGCCGGGCGCCCGGCGCCUCGCCCGCCUUCAGAGGCGACUCUCUCGUCCCUUGUCUGCGGAGCAACAAGCGGCGACUGUGGCUGAAGUCGUACAGGUGUCUGCACAACGCGAUGCUCAUCAAGCCCUGGCGGCAGCCAAUAGACAGCGGCACAGCUCUAGAAAUGGAGUGGGGCAUUAAAAUAUAAUUAAAUUAUAUCAAUUAAUAUGCUAGAUCUCGUGCAAGGUUACGCGAAUUUUUCAUAUUGUCAUUUUCUAAAAGGAAGUUGUAGAGAAAGCACUUAUUAAUUCAAAUAACGAAAUCGGCAAAUAUUAUUUCGCUAAGUGGGAUUGUAUUUUACAACCUUAGUGUAAUAGCGACUGGAAAACGAUUAUCAAAGUGUGUAGAACAGUAUGAAUCUUUUGAGUAAUUAGUUAAAUAUACAUUACAUAUUGCUGCCGGUGCAAGUAAAUAAUUAAUGUCUUUGUUUUCAAAUAACGCUAGUUUUUUCUUACAUUUAAUGGUGACGGUACCUUGAACAUGCUUCAGAGGGGGGCUCUUGAGUGGAAAUGACAGUCACAAAAAUUCAGUAUCGUCCCGCAAUUAAGUAGUAACGGUGUGCUAGAUAUGCCAAAUGAGUAUAAUAGAGUAUAUUGUAUAGUAAUUAUAGUUAUAUAUGAUACAAGCACGUGAAAUAAUGAUAAGAUUUGAAAGUCAAGUUAAAGCAAUACAAAGUUACCCUUUUAAGUUACAAGUAAAUGUUACACGUUGGUAUUAUGCGUCCAUUGUAUGUGAGCUUCUUUAUUCCACCAUAACUUUUCUUCAAAAGUCGACUUGUGGUAGCUGUCCCCCCUCCCUCACAUGACAAGUGGCAACGGGAGGGUUGCCACUUGUCAUCGCUUCACUACCGCAGAAGCUUAUUCAGUUAUCCGUUAUACCUAUAGUUAAAUCACGCCUUGCUUGCGAUAAUGCUUCCUGUCCUAAAUGUGUAUUAGUUAGGAUUAGAUGUAAGCUAAUAAAUGUAAAUUGCUAUAUUUUUGUAUAAUGAUCCAGGUUUUCGCAGAGCCUAAUAACACCUGAAAUUAUUUAUUGUGUUUAAAAUAAUUGUAUCUAUUUUGCAUGCACUAGAAAAAU